GUUGGCCCACUUGACCUAGUCCUUCUAAAACGAAAAUGGAUUCAUAGCGAAAGUUACUUUACACAACAGUCGCUAGGACCAGACUGAGAUCUCGAUCAAGAAUCUAGAUAUAAAUACUUGUAAGUUUUAGUUAACCAAAACAGCAAUGGCAGCCCUUUAUGAUUAUAGUUCGUAUUCUUCAGCAGCUUCGGAUACAGAAUACUCACGAGAACAUCUUGAGGAUUUAUCUUACGGAAAUCUAAAUACAGUGCCCGAGUGUAUUUUACAGCGCUCAGCGGUUCUCCAUUCUCUUCAACUUGACAACAAUGAUAUUACUAGUCUACCGAGUUGUAUUGGACUUUUCAAAAAAUUAAUAGUUCUCGACAUUUCUUCCAACAAUAUGACAUUUAUUUGCGAUGAGAUUUGUCAGCUCACAAAACUAAGAACUCUUAUUGCUAAAAACAACAAAUUAACCACCGAUUCUUUUCCCAAAAAUUUCGGAUCCCUAAAAAUGCUGGAAGUUAUAAAUGUGAGUGGCAACAAUAUUGAACUAUUUCCACCUCAAUUUACAGAAUUGGAUAAACUACAGGUACUUCAUUGUGGAGGAAAUAAUAUUAAAGAGCUACCUAACACUAUCAAACAUUUAACAAGACUUCAAGUGUUAUACCUUGGGGGCAACCAGCUGGUUGAGAUCCCGGCUGAGGUUGGCUACCUGAGUGAACUCACCAACCUGGUCCUGUGUGACAACCGACUCCAGAGUCUUCCGCCCACUCUUAUCAAUCUACGCAACCUGCGCAGCCUUAGCUUGCAUAACAACAAGCUUUCCACACUGCCAACAGAGAUUGUGGCCUUGAACCUUGUGGAGUUGAGUUUGAGAAACAAUCCACUGGUCAACAAAUUCGUUGAGGAUUUGGUCUACAACCCCCCCUCUCUUAUGGAGCUGUCUGGCAGGAUAAUUAAGAUAGAAAGAAUCCGAUACACUGCAGAGGACUUACCCUACAGUCUGAUCCGUUAUCUGGACUCUGCCCAGCGCUGCGUCAACCCGCAUUGCAAAGGUGUUUACUUUUCAUCUCGUGUGGAACAGAUUAAGUUUGUGGACUUCUGUGGCAAGUACCGGCUCCCCCUGCUCCAGUACCUGUGCUCCCCGAGCUGCAGCACCGGCACCCCGCCAGUCACGUCCCACAGAGACACAGACGAUCAGGAUGAAGGCUGGGAAGCAAGGGAGAGAAUGAGGAAAGUUUUGCUGGGUUGACCUCGGUGCAUUGCGUUUCAAGUGGAGUGUACAUACGUUUAUCUGCCGUGAACCUUAAUCUACAUUUUGAUAUUUGAGCAUCCGUUCAUUCUGUUGCGGAUGAUUGUGAUGCAUGUAGCCACUGUGACUAUAAUUCUCAAAGCUUUAAAUAAAGACAGAAUACUAUUUACAGAAAAGAUGUGCUAGUAGUGGUUGAGCUAGAGAGAAUACUAUUUACAGAAAAGAUGUGCUAGUAGUGGGUGAGCUACUUAUUUCAAAGGAAAUCAAAAUAUUUGAGUCUGCAAUGGUACCACUUAAGUUUUCUGAGAUGUUUGUUAAUAUGACUUGACAGUUUAUAAGCAUAUAAGCAAUGUUCAAUUAUAUGAAUCAUUUCAGUUUAUAAUGGUUAAAACGUGUUCAGUUAUCCAUCAUUUCAGUUUAUAAGGGUUAAGCCAUGUUCAAUUAACCAUCAUUUCAUUUUAUAAGAGCUAAAAUGUAUUCAGUUCCCCAUCAUUUCUUUUAACGGUCUAUGAGUUUAAUCUAAGACUAACAAUUCUUAGGACUUUAAUGAAAAAAAAAGUGAUUAGAAUGAAUGAUCUUCAUGACCCUCUGGUUAAUUCAAAUGUGUGACUUGGGAUGCUGUAUCAUCAUCACCUUGAUCUAUCAGGCAUGAUGAAACUAAGUUUCGUAAAGUUUAUUUUCUAGCAGGCAUGAAACGUGAGCCUCUAUUCAGUGGUGCCAUCCAGCAUUCAAAGUUAAGUGUAGUUUUGUAAAAUAAGUACUUGUGGAAAAGUGGUACAAUUAGAACUAGUCCGACAUGGUACCGAUAUAAACAAAUAAAUAAAUUGUCCAGAAUAGAAUAUUUGUGCAUUGCCUUAAUUGUGCCAGGUACUCAACUAGGACACCUAUGUGCAAGUUUAUGAUGUUCUUGAGUAUGGCAGGUUGAAUAUUUUAAACUGUUACUUUGUGCCUUGAUGCAAUGUUUAGAAAGACUUUGGCGUUGCCUCUUGACAUUGUCAGUGCCUCUUUCAUCAAGUUCUUUGACCUGACUUGAAAUUGAAGUCUUCUCAACUGAGGUCUUGCCUCUUUCAUCUAGUUCUUUGAUCUGACUUGAAAUUGAAGUCUUCUCAACUGAGGUCAGUGCCUCUUUCAUCUAGUUCUUUGAUCUGACUUGAAAUUGAAGUCUUCUCAACUGAGGUCAGUGUCUCUUUCAUCUAGUUCUUUGAUCUGACUUGAAAUGGAAGUCUUCUCAACUGAGGUCAGUGCCUCUUUCAUCUAGUUCUUUGAUCUGACUUGAAAUUGAAGUCUUCUCAACUGAGGUCUAUGUUUCUCUUCCACCAGAAACCAUGCUGGGGGGGGGAGGAGGGUAAUCAAAUACUAAAAUAAUUGACAUCUAGACUGAGUUUUGAUCAAUGCCAGCUAGGGUUGUACUGAUAGUAGCUCCCUUUUCACUAUCCUGUCCCAGCAAAAUAUCAGGCCACUAUCCUGCUCCAGCUGGCUGUCAGAAAGUACUAUCCUGUACAAGCCAAAUGCUAGUAUACAUUUACAAGUAACUGGAAUAAUUUGUAUUUCUAUUGUUAAUACUUUGUUUUAGUCUAAAUUGAAUUGUAUUUUGAAUAGAGUUCUGCUCUGGCCACUUAUCCUUUACAAAGAAGAAAAAAAAGGAUAUCUGCUUUGAGACAAGUAUCUAAUAGAUACAAAGCCUUUGUAUUAGAAACUACUGAUCUUCAAGUUCUAUAGACUGUGAUAAGAUUUGAAGUGUGCGCCUGUCAACUUGAAGCUAUUGAUUUGUUUGGCUUCCUUAAUCAGUUUUAUAAAUAUGUUUUUAGUCUAGUCAAUAAAUGGAAUAGGAGGUCCACCUCAUCGCAGCGUAACAUCCAUUUUAGUUUGGUCUUAAUUCAAAUGAUCAAGUCAUUCUAAAGGGCUUUGCCUCAUGUUAUGAAGUGGACAUUUUUUUUUAUUGAACCAAACAUUCAUUUUACCACCUUUUUUGUGUAUAAAUUUCAAAAGCAUUUUUGUUUGGUGGUUUCUGACCAUAUGAUCCCCAAACCACAUGAACCCCCAAACUACAUGGAUCUUACUUUCCCUUUCACAUUGCAAUGAUUGUAUUGUAAUCAGUUGUUCAAGACAGUUUCAAACAUUAUGUCAACUGUUUAUAAAACUAAGACAUUUCAAAAAAUAUUUAUCAUUUAGAAAACUUCAGAUUGACUAUUUGAAAUGUUUCUUUGGAUAAUUUUGUGUUCAUUGACUGACCACAUCACCACUAGUGACCACACCACCACUUUGGAUGUACUAAUGGCAUUAUACCAUAUCUUUUAGUAUUCAAACAUUUCUGUAGAGGUUUUCUUUAUUUUUGAAUUGCAACACUUAUGGUUUUAAAAGUGUAUUUUUAAAAAAUAAUUUUUCGUAGCAUUUUUUUUUAAGUUUACAAGCUCAUUAUUUGAGUGAAGCCAGGCAUUUGUGUGUUUACUUGUUGGAAAUAAGUUAUUUGUAAAAUUUGAGAAUGUACCUUGGGCUGCUAACAAUUUAUUUCUAUGAAAUAAAUUUGUUUUGGCCUUUUUUUUGCUUAAUUUUUGUGUGAAAAAACUGUUACUGGAUUUACAAUUUCAACUAUGCUAGUGUGUACAUAAGAGAGAUAGUAUAUCUUCCUUUUUUCAUGUGUUCUGUUCUAGUUUAUUGUAUGUACCAAAGAGACUUGUCAAUGUUCGGCAGAGUGCUUGUGUAUUAUGUCUGAGGAUUCCACUUACAAAAAUUAUAUAGGUCUUUGUGAAAAUUGUGUUUUGCCCCUUAAUUUGUUCUUAUGAUGUUCUCGGCAACAUGAAUCACUCACUUUAGAGUACCUGCAGUUUAGACUUGAUAAACUUGAAUCACUCUCUACAACAUGAAUCACUCACUUUAGAGUACCUGCAGUUUAGACUUGAUAAACUUGAAUCACUCUCUACAACAUGAAUCACUCACUUUUAGAGUACCUGCAGUUUAGACUUGAUAAACUUGAAUCACUCUCUACAGACUACAAUUUAGAAAUGUUAAAUCUGAAUCACUCAAUACUAAAUUAAAUUUAGACAAAACUUUUAAAACCUGAGAGAAAGAUUAAAUUCUCUACAUGUUUAGAUUCAUUCAUUCAAGAGAUGAAAGCUUGGGCAGUAGCUAUGGUUGGAACCAUUUCACCCACAAAACAGUUCCCCCUCUCCACCCAGCCAAUGUGCCCAAAGGAAUGGCAAAUGCCCAAAACAGUAUGGGAUCAGUAGUUUCCACAAUGGUGUAGCACUGUGUGCUGCAAGCUGCUGAAAGGUCACUGUCUCCUGAUUUUUUUCUCAGGGUUUAUUCCUGAAGCAUUUCCUUUGUUAAGCCACAAGGCAGCGGAGGUUUGAAUUCAAAUGUUUAGGUUAGACUUAUUUCCAAGUGGAUUCCUCUUUUUCUUAUGCUCAUAUUUAUGAUUAUCUUUACAUUCAAAUGGCAAUUUUUAUGAUGUGAGUUUAAAAUGUGUAACCAUUGUUAUAAGCCUUGUUGAGUUGUGAUUUAAAAUAUCAAUGUUCAAGUAUUUACCACAAAAUAUAAAUAGAGCGGAUGGAUGGACUUGUGGAAGGGGAGUAAUUUCUUUUGUUUUUACUUUCACUGUUUUUAUUGAUUUGUCAGUGAUUCAAACCCUAUAAGAACUUUAAACUUGUGUUAAACAAGAAAACACUUAAUUUAAAAAAAAAAAAAAAAAAAAUUUAAAUGCUGUUAGAAUAUUAUUAGAAUCUAUAUUAAUAAACUUUAAAAAAAAAAAACAUUUACAUAUAUGGUUUGAUUAUUGUUUUUUACACCUAUGGCAUUUUAAUAUUUAUAAAUCUUCUCUAAAGAAUAUGGAAAAACAUUUUUUUUAAAUCAGAAAUUGUAUUAAAAAAAUAUUUCUUUCUUUUGUAGGUACUCUGUCAUUAUUAUUUGUUCAUUUUGAUUGGACUUAAGUGAGCAGUGUAUCUAAAUUAUGUUUUAUCACUUGGUUUCAAUGCUACAACUGGAUACACCCUAUUGCUUUCUAUUCAACUAUUUUCAUUCACUACAUUGGAAAUGAGCUCUUUCAUCCUAGUAAUACACAGGAAAUACAGCUUUCUCAUUCCAGUAGUAGAUCUACACAAGAACUAAACAUUUCUUAUUCUAGUGAUAGAUCUACACAAGAAAUGUAUGCAUACGAAAUUCUGCAUCAUCUGACAUUAAUAGGAUUAAUAUUUCCAGAGUGUUUUAAUUUGAAGCACUAACUCUCUAUUCCCUUAAUAUUUCAAGAGUGUUUUAAUUUGAAGCAUUAACUCUCUCUUUCCUUACGUACUUCUUGAUAUGUGUCUGCUUAUACUAUUUGAUAACCACUGACACACCACUUUUACUUACACAAACUUGUUUGAAAUAAUUUGUUUUUCAGUUAUGUGGCCAUGUUACUGUGUUGCUAAUUGAAAUAGAACAAUUAAUAUAUAGCAGAAGUUUUCCAAGUGACUUGAGUUCAAGUGGUUGAGUUUAAAUAUAUUUAGCCUAUUAGUAAUUUAGUCUUUUUUUUUUUUAAUUUAUUUUGUGAGUAUUAAUGCUUCCCAAUUUUUUUUUCUUUUUAGUUGUAAUAUCAUGUGCAGGAAAACAAGUCUUCCUUGAUACAUUUAUAUUGACAGUUUUGUAAUGUCAUUAUUAUUUUGGUUCAUUGCUUAACUUAAUGUAACCUUUUCUUUUUAUUACCAAUGUAUUUGUCUUCAUAAGCAAGAUAUGUACCUUUACAUAUAAUAUCUUACAAAAAUGGUUCAAGUUUUAAUUUAAAAAAAACAAAAAAAAAAAACAACCUAAAAAGCAUUUUAUUCUAAAGAAACAGGUGAGCCCUUUGAAAUCUAAGACACUUCAGAAACAAUCUUAGUGAUAUUAGAUUUAUUCUAGUGUGGAUUGAUAGUAUUAGAACUCAGGCUGAGUCUGUAGUUACAGCUCUGCUUCCCUCAUGGGGUAUGUUUGAACAGGUCAGUUUGUUUUAUGUGAUUGUCUCUCUUAGGGAGUAUUAAUUGUUAAUUAAAUUGCAUGCAUUACACAGACUUACACUAUAGUAUUACUAGCCUGGUGCUUUAGG